GCCUGUGCAAGACUGAAGGGGAGGAGCCGGUACACCUGUGCAAGACUGAAGGGGAGGAGCCGGUACACCUGUGCAAGACUGAAGGGGAGGAGCCGGUACACCCUGUGCAAGACUGAAGGGGAGGAGCCGGUACACCCUGUGCAAGACUGAAGGGGAGGGGGUCUACAGCCUCCAUUAUCCUGUAGAGGGGCAGGAUCAGGGGAGGGGUCUACCUCUAUAGAGGAGUGUGAUUGGGGGAGGGGACUUCCUAUAGAGGGGCGGGAUCGGGGGAGGGGAC